CUACUUCUCUCGCCUCACAUCGACAUCGACGCUCACAGUCCAUUUACCCCAUCCAAACGCCAUCUUCCCUGCUCAAAGCUGAUCGGCUCUUUUCCUUUUUCCGAUCCGUUCCGCUCUCUCUAUAUAAGUCUUUUCCAAAAACACCAUUCUUUAUCUUCCUUCGCCUGUUAUCCGCGUCAUUAAAGAGUACCAUUAGCAGUCCUGAGGCGAAGGAGAAGAGAAAGAGAUGGACUUCAGUUCCUUCUUGACGUCGCUGGGGACGUCGUUCGUGAUCUUUGUGGUGUUGAUGCUGUUCUUCACAUGGCUGUCGAGGAAGCCAGGGAACCAGGUGGUGUACUUCCCGAGCCGAAUCUUGAGGGGGCUUGAGCCAUGGGAGGGCGCCCGGCGUUCGAGGAGUCCUGUGGCGUGGAUUCGAGAGGCCUUUGCCGCUACUGAGGCCGACAUCGUUGCCUCCGCCGGCGUUGAUGCUGCUGUCUACUUGAUUUUCCUAAGCUCUGUUCUGGGAAUAUUUGUCUUGUCUGGCUUGUUAUUACUUCCAGUUCUUCUUCCCAUUGCUGUAACUGAUCAUGCUUACAAGUCUCUUUUGGAGACCAACAGCAAUUCCACCUUCAACAAUCUCGAUAAGUUGGCAAUGGGAAAUGUUCAUGCCAAAAGUUCAAGAUUGUGGGCUUUUCUUCUAGCUAACUACUGGGUCUCGUUCGUGACUUUCUAUGUGUUAUGGAAAUCUUAUAAGCAUGUUUCUGAUCUAAGAGCAGCAACCAGAUCAAGUCAAGCAGUGAGGCCUGAGGAUUAUGCGGUAUUAGUGAGGGAUAUUCCUGCAGAUCUUCAAGGUCAAAGCCGGAAAGAACAGGUAGACUCCUAUUUUAGAGCACUCCAUCCAGAUACAUUCUACAAGUCGAUGGUGGUCACUGACAAUAAACAGGCAAAUAAAAUAUGGGAAGAGCUGGAAGGUUACAAAAAGAAACUUGCAAGGGCAGAUGUGGUUUUUGCAGAAUCUAAAACCACAAGUAAUCCAGAGGGAACUAGGCCAAACAACAAAACUGGCUUCCUUGGUCUUAUUGGUGAAAAGGUGGACACCAUCAACUACUGCAAUGAGAAGAUAAAUGAGUUAGCCGCAAAAUUAGAGAUUGAACAGAAAGAGACGCUCAAGGAUAAACAGCAAGCUGCAGCUUUGGUUUUCUUCACCAGUAGAGCAGCUGCGGUUUCGGCCUCCCAGACUCUUCAUGCUCAAAUGGUGGAUACUUGGACUGUUACAGAAGCACCUGAACCGCGACAGUUGAUUUGGAAAAAUUUAACUAAAAAGUUUUUUGAGAGGCAGAUAUGGCAGUAUGUUGUGUAUGGUAUUGUUUUUCUGACAGUAGUUUUUUACAUGAUUCCGAUAGCAGCAAUAUCUGCUUUUACAACCUUACAGAACUUAAGGAAAUAUCUUCCCUUCCUGAAGGUAAUUAUUAACCAGAAAGCAGUUAAGACAAUCUUGGAAGCUUAUCUUCCUCAGCUUGCCCUUAUUAUAUUCUUAGCAUUGCUACCAGCUCUUCUUUUAUUCCUGUCCAAGGCAGAAGGUAUCCCUUCUCAGGGCCAUGUGAUCAGGGCAGCUUCUGGAAAGUACUUCUAUUUCAUUGUAUUUAAUGUCUUUCUUGGAGUUACUAUAGGAGGGACAUUGUUUGCAUCUUUGAAGAUCAUAACCAAGACACCUAAGAAAAUUGUGAAUCUAUUGGCAGACAGCUUGCCACCAAAUGCAACCUUUUUCGUGACAUAUGUUGCACUGCAAUUCUUUGUAGGGUAUGGCCUUGAGCUUUCACGUCUGGUCCCUCUGAUCAUAUUCCAUCUUAAGAAGAAAUAUUUGUGUAAAACUGAAGCUGAAGUAAAGGAAGCUUGGGCUCCUGGAGACUUUGGUUAUGCUACUAGAGUUCCAAGCAACAUGCUUAUCAUGAUGGUGGUUUUUUGCUAUUCUGUAAUAUCUCCUAUAAUCAUUCCCUUUGGUGCUGUGUACUUUGGCCUUGGGUGGCUUAUUGCACGCAAUCAGGCACUGAAUGUCUAUGUCCCUUCAUAUGAGAGCUACGGGCGGAUGUGGCCUCACAUACAUUCCCGAAUCGUCGCUUCUUUAAUCAUCUUCCAAGUAUUGAUGUUUGGCUAUUUGGGUUUGAAGAAAUUCUACUAUGCUCCUUUAAUGAUCCCUCUUAUCAUACUAUCAUUCAUCUUUGCUUACACAUGUAACAAGCGCUUCUAUCAAUCAUUCUUCAAUACCCCUUUGGAGACUGCAUAUAAGGAUACAAAGGAAACACCCAAUUUGGAUUCUGUCUAUGCUGCAUAUAUUCCUCCUUGUCUGAAACCAGAGAAACCGGAUGAUGUUGUUGAGAACUACGAGGAUGAGAAGACUAACGUAUCGAGAACAUCAUCUGUCUGAUGUAAAUAGUUGGUGUUCAAAAGUUUGGAUUUUAGGAUUGUUUAGCUAGGUUAUGUAAGUUAUAAUGUAAGGCUGUUUAUCAGGUUUAGUGUGUGUUGUAUUGUUUACAUUUCUGGCUGAAGUGGCUUGACUCUUUUGCUUAUGUUACAAUUUUUCAUUUUUUGCUCAGUAUGUAGCUGAUGGUUUGGAAUGAUUUGUGUGGUGGUUGAUGUGGUUGUUUGUUUUGGUUAUACAAGUGGUUGUUAGUUGGUAUGAAAUUUGGAAACUUUGGGUCUUGGUUGAGAUUGUUGAACUUUCAUGAGGGCAAAAACUUUAAAUUUGA